AUGGAUGCGAUACGGAAGCAGCUCGAUGUGUUGAUGGGAGCCAACCGUAACGGCGACGUUCGUGAAGUCAAUCGUAAGUACUACGAUCGCGACGUCUGUCGCCUCUAUCUCGUCGGUCUCUGCCCUCACGAACUCUUCCAGUUGACGAAAAUGGAUAUGGGACCUUGCCCUAAGGUUCACUCCCUUCAGCUCCGGAAAGAGUAUCCUUAUCGAUCUCUAGGGUUAGGAUACGAGGAGGCGAAGGCGAAGGGGACUGAUAAUUAUGAUAGGGAAUUGGAGGAUGUUAUUGAUAAACUUAUUGGUGAGUGUGAUAGGAAAAUUGGCAGGGCUCUUAAGCGCCUUGAGGACGAGGAUGCAAAGGCUGCCAUUGCGAUUUCGGUCUCUGAAGUUACUCAGACGCCUGAGGUGCUUGAGCUGUCUAAGCAAAUUAAAGAGAAGUUGAAAGAAGCUGAUCAAUAUGAUCUUGAAGGCAAGACAGAUCUCAAGAUUCGAGCUUUAGAGGUUGUAGAGGAACUUAGAACUAAGAGAGCAGACAAGCAGUCGAUGCUUCUUUUAGAUGCCUUUAACAAAGAUAGGGCAUCUUUACCUACACCUCUGCCAAAUCCACCACCUUUGGCACCCAUUCCUGUAGUUGCUCCUGAUCCUCGAACGCAAGAGAUGAUAAAUGAAAAGCUGAAGAAGGCUGAGGAUCUUGGUGAGCAAGGAAUGGUUGAUGAGGCUCAAAAAGCAUUGGAAGAGGCUGAAGCACUGAAGAAGCUUCCUGCCAGGCAGGAGCCAGUGUUAGAUUCAUCAAAGUAUACAGCAGCAGAUGUGCGGAUUACUGAUCAAAAGCUACGUGUGUGCGACAUUUGUGGAGCAUUUUUGAGUGUUUAUGACAGUGACCGCCGAUUAGCUGAUCAUUUUGGAGGGAAACUUCAUUUAGGGUAUAUGCAGAUUCGUGAGAAGUUAGCAGAACUUCAAGAAGAAAGGAACAAAGGUCGAAAGACUGACCGACAUGAUGACAGGAGAUCAAAAGAACGGAGCAGGGAUCGAGACAGGGAGUCGAGUAGGGACCGUGAACGUGGUGAUAGUCGUGAACGAGGGAGAGACCAUGAUCGUAGGAGUAGAGACCGUGACAGGCAUUAUGAUAGAGAUCGUGGACAUGACCGUGACCGAGACAGAGACUCUGAUCGCACUCGUUCCUAUGAUUCAAGAAGUCGUCGGAGGUCACGCUCUAGAUCCCGAGAGCGAUCUAGAGAUUAUGAUCGACAUAGGCGUCAUGAUCGAUACUAG